ACUGUCGGUUGUGAGGGAAAUGGCGGCCGCAGCCGGUGCUCCGGAGGUUCAGUGUAUCGUAUCUCGUUCUGUCCGAGCUCAGAACAUCGUCCCUCGCCUUCAGCACGGCCGUUACACCGGGCACGGACCAACCAGGGUGUCACAGAUUCCAGAUACUUUGCUGAGAGAGAGGGACAAAACUGCGAAGUGGAAUGGAAUCCCACAUCUGGUCCAAAAACUAUACACAAACAGCCAACCUAACAAUGAUGGGCUGUUACUUUGCCAUGGAAUUUUAAAGGAAAUUGCUCCACUUCUCUCAAUGGAGGCCAUGGCAUUUGUGACUGAGGAUGGGAAAGGUGCCCAGGAGUCCAAAUUUCCCAACACACACGUUUUUGAUCUUUUUGGUGGAGUAGAUCUUUUAGUUGAAAUCCUUAUGCGGCCAACACUUGCACCACAGAAAAAGAAGCAGAAAAUGAGUGAAGAUUUGAUAAAGGAUUGCCUAAGCAUACUGUACAACACGUGUAUUUGUACUGAUGGAGUGACAAAGCGCCUGUCAGAACGGAAUGACUUUGUGCUAUUCCUCUUCACACUUAUGACAAAUAAAAAAACCUUUUUGCAAACAGCUACACUUAUAGAAGACAUCCUGGGAGUGAAAAAGGAAAUGAUACAACUGGAAGAUAUCCCAAAUCUUGCAAACCUAGUUGCCAGUUUUGACCAACAGCAACUUGCUAAUUUCUGUCGAAUUCUAUCAGUCACUAUCUCUGAGCUGGAUACAGGGAAUGAUGACAAGCAUACACUACUUGCCAAAAAUGCACAGCAGAAGAAAUCUGCAGGCCCCUCACGAGCUGAGAUCAACCAAGUUACCUUGCUGAAUAUUCCUGGAUUCAUUGAACGAUUGUGUAAAUUGGCUACACGGAAGGUCUCUGAGACAACGGGUACUUCAAACUACUUACAAGAACUAGAGGAAUGGUAUGCAUGGCUGGACAAUGCAUUGGUUUUUGAUGCGUUGAUGCACAUGGCCACUGAGGAACCUGACCAAAGCAGUAGCACAGAGUCUGCAGAUGAGAGCGUACUGGCUGCCAGCCAGUUGAGGAAUCGGCUCCCACAGUCCAUGAAGAUCAUGCAUGAGAUCAUGUACAAAGUAGAAGUCCUGUACGUGUUGUGUGUACUGCUAAUGGGAAGGCAGCGAAAUCAGGUUCACAAGAUGUUGGCAGAAUUUCGACUUAUUCCUGGUCUUAAUAACCUGUUUGACAAACUGAUCUGGAGGAAACAUUCCACUAAUCAUGUGUUGCAUGGGCAGAAUCAAAUCUGUGACUGCAGCCCAGAGAUUUCUCUGAAAAUCCAAUUCCUGAGGUUGCUUCAGAGCUUCAGUGAUCACCAUGAGAAUAGAUAUCUAUUAUUGAACAGCCAGGAGCUGAAUGAACUUGCUGCAAUCUCUUUCAAAGCUAACGUUCCUGAGGUGGAAGCAGUUGUUAACACUGACAGAACCUUGAUUUGUGAUGGGAAGAAAGGACUUCUGACAAGAUUAUUACAAGUGAUGAAGAAAGAACCUGCAGAAUCCUCCUUCAGGUUCUGGCAGGCAAGAGCAGUUGAGAGUUUUCUACGAGGAGUGACUUCUUAUGCUGACCAGAUGUUUCUUUUGAAACGCGGCCUGUUGGAGCACAUUCUUUUCUGCAUUAUCGACAGUGAGUGUAAAUCAAGGGAUGUAUUGCAAAGUUACUUCGACCUUUUGGGUGAACUGAUGAAAUUCAACAUCGAUGCCUUCAAGAGGUUUAAUAAAUAUGUAAACACAGAAGAGAAGUUUCAGAUAUUUUUGAAUCAGAUCAACAGUUCUUUAGUUGAUUCCAACAUGCUGGUUCGCUGCAUUGUGUUGUCCUUGGACCGAUUUGAGAGUCAAACAGAUGCUGUAAAAGUUGCAGAAGUGAUUUCCCAGUGCUGCCUGCUGUCCUACAUCUCCCGUGUGGAAAACAGACUCUCGUUUCUCUUCCGGCUGAUUAAUAUUAUUCAAGUACAGACACUCACUCAGGAAAAUGUUAGCUGUCUGAACACAAGCUUGGUGAUCUUGAUGUUAGCGAGACGCAAGGGCAAACUGCCAUUCUAUUUGAAUGCUCUACGGGAAAAGGAGCUUUGUGAGAAAUAUCCAGGCUUCCUCCUCAACAAUUUCCACAGCUUGCUGCGUUUCUGGCAAGAGCAUUACCUCAACAAAGAUAAGGACAGCACAUGCCUGGAGAAUAGCUCCUGCAUUAGCUUCAGUUACUGGAAAGAGACAGUAUCGCUGCUGCUGUGUCCUGACCAGACAGCUCCUUGUGCAAUCAUUAGCUACAUUGAUGAAGUGUACAUGAGCAUUGAUAAAGACUUCAGUGAAGAUUGAUAUGCAGCUUGUGGACGAAUUAGACUAAUGCUUCACACAGCUGCAGAGUGAGCCCAAGACUGGACCUUCAGGCUUUAUUGUCUGAUGUUUGUUUGCACCUGCACUUGGUGGAAGAGCUGGCUGGUGAUUGGUGCAGUUUUUAUUAUAACCAUGAAUUGAUGCCUUUUGUCUUUAUUAACAUCCUUUUGGGUUGUUGGAGCCAGUAUGUUACUGACUGGGAGAGGAAGAAAGAUAUUCCAUCACUGCGUGCAAGACUAAAAGCUGGUUGAGAACCAGCACUGCCUUGGGCCAAUCAUACCGUGGAGCACUUUUAAAAUCUUUAUUUUGAAUAUCCCGUUCUAAUUUGGUAUUUUAAAUAUUGACUUUGAAAUGUCACUUUGCAUCUUCCCAUCUAAAAGUCGUGGCUUUGGGAAGAAGCUAUUGGCUAACAGCAACUUUUUCAGUGUAAUCACAGUGACAAAGUAUAUUGAGAGUUUAAAACUAAUUUUAUUUCGUUCAUUGCAUUGUUUAUUUUAAGUACCCUGGUGAAACUCGUUUGCUGUUAUCAGGGUUUCAAUGAGCUGUUUCUCUUCUGGAAUCUGCUUUUAAGCAUCAAGCAUAAAAUUUAUUGAACAUGUACAGCUUAUUAAAUACUGAUAGUUUAUAAUAUAUACUGUGUACUAAUAACUCCCAGAAUUUGACUUGUACAAUCUGUCAAGUGUUCCUAGGACUUUUUUUUUCUUUGGUAAAGCAAGUCUGUAAAGGGGUCUAGUGCAUGAUUGUUCUUUGAACUUUUCUCUUCAAUCUGUUUAUUUUAGUUUUCACUUUUGCCAGUCUUCCUGAAGAUGGGUACCACUCAGUGGGUGCUGGUCUCCCUUGAGUAUCUUGCACAAACUACAUACUUUUACAGUAAUUGCUUGCAGCUUGUUGAACUGGGAAGGGCACAUCAAAGUUGAGUCAAGUUCUGUACCUGAACUUGCAGCUGUAAACAUCGAUUAGGGUCUGUAAACAGUCAUCUUUUUUCUCCUUAUAACCUUUGCUGUUAGGCCACCGUGUGACCAGUAGCUGAUGGAUUAGUGUCUUCCUUGUCUGUGUGGCUCAGCUUUAAACUUUGAGCCAUUAGGAGAAUCAUUUUUAAUUGAAUGCUGAUUUGUGCAUAUAUAGUGUGUAAAACCAUAAAGCUUCACCAGAUGAGUGGGCUGUAUAUAUGUGUAAAAUAAUUAAUGUGCCUGAGCUAGUGCAGUUUAUAAUUCUUGUGGAGAAAUGGUGGAAAUUUUAAAAACAACCUAUCAGUGAGACAUCAAAUGACAAGUUUCUGCGUCACUGUUUCAGUCAAGUGUAUAGGGUGUGAAAUGUUUAUGCUGUGCCCACUUGUGCUGUGAAAAUCAGUACAGAUUUCAUCUCUUCAAAUAUCUUGUAUCUGGGGUGAGUGUUGUAACCUGUGAACAUGAGGACAAAGUACUGUUGAUGGCAGGUCCAACAAUGGUGAUGGAGGAGUUCAAGUUGAUAAAUAAAAACCAUUAUUCACAUGA